CUUCCAUCAUUUCACCGGCUCCUUUGGGGUAAGUGUACAGGACCUUCCUCGGGGGAAUGAGCUCCGAGGCGCUGAAACCCGAACCGGUCACCGAGCUGCCGCUCACGCCCCCGGCCGAGGAGGACGAAGAGGACGCCGCCAUUGCCUGCGCAGCAUUUCGAAAAAAGACGCUCGUGUGUCACUUCAACAUUUUAUAUCGAACGCUACCAGCUCUAGUUGGCAACAUGGACGUUUUGCGCCCUCGGUUAAUUAAUAUAGAUGGAAGAAUAUACCGAAGGAACGUCAUUCAAGAAGAACAGUAUGAGGAGGAAGAGGAUUUUUCCUACACGGGACCACCCGAGAGCGAGGAGCUGGAAGCAGAAGAAACCUGCGACAUUCACGCCAUUGAACAGACUGAGAGAGGAUUCCGUUGUGCCAUCGACGUGCCGACUGUCCUGUACAAGUACAUCAUCGGGAAAAAGGGAGAAACUCGUAAACGCCUGGAGACAGACACAAAGACGUCAAUUUACAUCCCCAAGCAAGGAGUGGAAGGACAAAUCGUUGUGACGGGAGCGCACAGAGCCGCGGUCUCCUCCGCCGUCACGCGGAUCGAGCUCCUCAUUGACAGCUUCCGCAAGAAGCAGCCGUUCACGCACUUCCUGUCGUUCCCGCUCAAUGACCCCGAAAUCCAGGAGGGAUUCCUGAAGUUUAAAGACCAAGUCCUGGAGCGCUGUUCACAGGACCAAGGUUUAGACGGAAGCAUCUUUCAGAACCCGGCAAAGCUUCACUUGACCGUCGGCACUCUCACGCUCUUGGAUGACUCGGAAGUGAGGAAAGCAAAUGAGCACCUCCAGGACUGUCAAAACUUUAUCAGGGACAUCACAGGAGGGAAGCCUCUGCCGUUACGGGUCACGGGCAUCGAGUAUAUGAACGACGACCCCGCAAUGGUCGACGUCCUGUACGCUAAAGUCGACGUGAAGGAUGGCUCUGAUAAGUUGCAAGUGAUCGCCGAACGGCUGGUGGAGUAUUUUGUCUCCAAGGGGCAGAUGGCGAGAGAGUGGGACCGGGUCAAGCUGCACGGCACUGUCAUCAACACCCUGUUCAGAAAAGACACGACGGUGGAAGAAGCCAGCGGGUCGGGAAGACAAGGCCCCAACAAACGAGAGACGUUUGAUGCCAGAAACAUAUUAAAGAUAUUUGGAGUUUAUGAUUUUGGGGAGCUGGAUCUGAACACGGUGUCACUCUCGCAGCGAUACUCGGCCGACAGCACGGGCUACUACGCCUCCGCAGGAAGUAUCAGCUUCUCCUGAGGUCACGCCAUCCUCGCAGACUCUCCCGAGCCCGGAAUUCAUCAUACACAUGAUACUCGGCUAUUUCGCUGUGAUUUGUGAGCCCGCGUUGACCUGACGAGAACUAUUUUCGACCGGAGUGUUUGUUUUCUUGACCCCGCCGCCCCCGCUCGGAGUAGCCGCGUGACCCACUUUGAGUCCCAACUUUAGCGGUCAGCUGUCAGCGACGAGUAUCCUCAUUAACGACUCGCCGUUAAAUCUCAACGCGGCGGAAGCGCACGUGUGGAAGGGGUCGCGUGGCUUCGUCGGGAACGGAUGAGGUGGGGCAACGCAUUUCAAAAUAAAAAGCAGUCUGGGGGAAAAAGUUGUUAUUAUUAUUUUAGGCAUGUCCUUUUCCUGUCGAGCCAUUUUGACAGGCUAGCCCACAGGUGUCAAACUCAAGUCCCGGGGGCCAGAUCUGGCCCGCCACGUGAUAUCAUGUGGCCCGUGGUGGCAAAUCAACUUCCACGAUUUUUGUGAGUAUCUGUUCUAAAUUUCUUCGUCGUGUAUCAUAAAUGAUGACAUUUAGAUGUUAUUUGCAUUUUUGUGUAACCAAGCAUGAACAAUCGUUGGAAAUACAAGUUAGCAUUGUGUUCUGAUUCCAGAACUAUUUCAGAAAUUUUGGUUGUAAGUUAGAGGCAAUUUAAAGAUUUCUAUGGUUUCACAGUAACAACCCCCCUCGGAGGGAAACCGGAACUACAAUGCGGCCCGUGCCAAAAAUGAAUUUGACACCUCUGGCCUACCGCUAUUCCCAGGAUUUGAACACCUAGCAUAAAUCUGCCGCAUUAAAAAGUCCCGGUGGCUCUAUCCAGUCAAUUUUAGACCCUCUACUAUCAUAACCGUCAUGCUUCUAACGCUCAUGAUUCAUGAUUUGUUUGGUUCUGUUGUUAUUUACUACUUCUGUUGUUAUCCCGGCUCCCGGAGAUCUCCGGGGGUGCCGGCUCAGAACUGCCUCAACACCACAGACAAAUCCAAAGGUACAAUUAUAGAUGUGUUUCCGAGGGUCCGUACGUAUUCCUGACCGAUGACGGGCGAUCUCCUGAUCGACGCAUCGGAUCCGCCAAAUGGCGCCGCCGUCGGUGUUUCCUCUCCUACGAUCUUGGCCGGUCCACCCCGGAGGUCAUCAUGUGUCGGUGGCCGAGUUAGCUCAGCCAGCUCGGCAGCGCUCAAGGAACCCGAUCCUGCACUUGGCCGGACUCCCUCUAUACUAGUUACCUGAAACAUCGACGGCUCAAUAUCGACCCAUGUGCCUUGGAGAAACACAAAUGGAGCAAGAAUUUCGAACUGUGGGCGUCGGUAUCCUAUCCGGACAUUGUCGACUAGCUCCUCUUCUCCACAAGUGUUAAUUCCGUGGACCAACUAAAGAAUGACAAAGGUCUGGAGGCCUACAACCAAUUCAUCAAUGGCUGGCUUUGUGAUGCGGCGGUAUCCAUUGUAAGCACACUUCUAAGGUUAGUGUACCGCACAAUGCAAUUUAAAUAUGUACCGUGUGAUUAUCGUCAGCGUUGUGUUAAAUUAUGUUGAUUGUACCAAUGAAAGAGGUGAAGAUUUAUUAUUUUCAUUUUUGUUACCGAGCGGGACGAGUCCCAAGUGGACUUUACGACGCCCACUUUCAUUUGAGUAACGAAUGACAUGGCAGUGCGCACCCAUUCACGCGCCUUUCCCGCUUAGUUACGGUUUGUUUACUUCAAUUCACCCCACCAAAAUGGCGAUCGCGAUCUAAACCGGAAAGUGUGUGACGUCAGUGGAAAACGGUCAAUUGGCACUCACGGGUUCUCCACUUCAAAGAGUAAUUUGGUCACUUCAUUGCCUAAAUUUGAUCAUUAACGUGACAGACAUGCCAGACUGAUUUUUUUGUCCUUACUAUUAGGAGUCCGGAAUGAAGUUUCGUGAUUUGUAACAUGUUUUCUACCGAUUUAUACAUCGUAAUGUCUUGUAGUCCUCCUUGUAAUGUAAAUACGGUAUAAAGCGGUUGAGGAAGUCAAUGGCGGAAGUUGGGUAAACUCAAGCAGUCCUUCACUGAAAUGAGUCCGACAGCUGACCGCAUUUUCGGGUUUCUUUCUCCACUUAAAUGUAGUGAAACACUUCGUUGCAUUAUAAGUGCUAAAAAUGUAAUAAGGAUACUAUUUGAUGAAAUGAGUAUGUUUCAAAGUGACGAAAUAAGAUUACAAAACUUUAGGACUCAUUGAGGUCAAUGAGUCCGUCACUUAAAUGAGCCCGACAGUUGACGCCCCCUCCAUGUUUUUCUUUCUUAAAGUAAAAAUUAAGAUAAAACUUUCGGUCAUAUUGUGUGUGUUCCAACGUGUGACGUAUAUCAAUUAGUAAUAAUGAUAAUUAUAAAAAAUAACCCCAUGGCAUAACCACAGUAGGGUCAUUUUAAACAAAAAAAAAAUCCCAUGGCGGAACCAAAGUAGAUUACUCUCGACAGCAGGCAGUCCAAGUGUUUGCUGUGUGUCAAGUCGCGACCAGCCAUCAAAUGGUCAUUUGAAUGUCAAAUAAAAAUUUUCCAAAAGGGUUUCAAGAUGAAGCAGCACAAACUGUCAGCUGGGAAGCGCCUCGCCAAGCCCAUUCUCUUCGGGACGCUCGUUGUUGGACUGGCCGCUGCCUUCUUCAGCAGGCACAGGUUCCUCCAGGAUGUGGAGGACAUGCGGGCGCAGGAGCGAGCGAGGAACGACGUCAAGAGGAUGGAAAUCGUGGAGAGGAGGCACAAACAGAUGGAGAAGAGGAAAGGAAACAGCGUGACACACGUACAAAGGCCUUGAUAAUCACAAAAUGGAUUAUAACAGAUGAGUCGUUGAUGGUGUAGUGGUGCACACGCCUCACUUUGGUGUGGGCACCGUGGGUUCAAUUCCCGCUCGGUGGUGUUUUAUCUGUUAUGUGACUGACUGGCAACCAGUACAAGACCGCCUUUCACCCGAAACUAGCUGGGAUACGGUCCAACACUCCUGCACCUUGUAAGGAUAAGCGGCUUGGAACGUGAAUGGAGAAUUUUUAGAAGAAAUAGAAUUUGCCCCCCCCCCAAAAAAAAAAAUAAUCUGAUCAUAACUUUAUUUGUGAAUGUAUUGAACUUCCAUUGUAGAGAUGACAACAGAAGGGUUUUUUUUUUUUUAAUUUAAAUAAAUUACAUAUGCAAACAUCACCAAACACAGGUGACGCUACGCAUGAAUAAAUAAAAAAUGAAUUGAAGUGCUUGGUUUGCCUGUCAUGGAAGGAGGUCCAAAAUAAUUAAAAUAACAAAAAAACAAAACUUGUUUCAUUCAAGGUGGAUUUGGAUACAUAAAUGUGUCAUAAAUUAAUACAAAUACCAAAUAACUUUCUGUACAAAAACACACUUCUCUAAUCUUCCUAUAAUUGUGAAAUGUGUUCAUAUUUUAGAAUGUCAUUAUUAAUUAGACAAAUACAAAUUAUGAAAACUGAGUAUACAAUUUAUAGGAUAGUAAAUUAUUUUUUUUUUAUUAAAGGAAAUUUAAUAAAUUGUGUACUGUGAGAAAGUUAAAUAUUUCCGUAAACCUUUUAUUACGAUAAAUGUAAAUCAAUAUAAAUUAAUUCUAAUUUGAUUUGUGAAAUAUUUACUCAAGAUUUCAUGAAGUAUUAGUCUGGUAUUAUACAUUAUUAUGAAAUGCUUUAAUGCAUAUAAUAAAAGUUUUUACUUUUUUUUUUUAAAUGCAGUUUUUAUAUUAAAUGAAUUUGCAGCUGGUUAGCACAGGGGUGCCCAGACUUUUUUUUUUUUAACCCCAAGAUCUACUUUUCAAGCAGGGUGUACCUCGCUACUGCCCGGUGACAGCCGGGAUAAGCUCCAGCACUCCCGCGGCAACCCGUGAGGAUAAGCGGCUCGGAAAAUCAAUGAAUGAUAAUGACUAUUUGUAAUUUUGAUUAGUUUAUGACACAUUCAUUUUUUUUUUCCCCAUGUGAAGUCCACCAUAGUCAUAACCAGUUUUGUUGUUGAGUGAUUUCAAUAAAAUUCCUUGCCACCUGUAACUGGAAUGUAAACGAUCAAUAUGACCAAAAGUGCGAGACAUUUGGAAUAGCCCUCUUCCGUCUUUGGUCGCAAGCGCGACAGAAAGCAAACGAAAUGCAAAAAAAAAAAAAAAAAAAAAAAAAGACAAA